UCUUCUUCUUCAUCCUCAUCCUACUUCUUUCUCUUCAUCUUCUCAUUUACCUUCUUCUUCUUCUUCUUCAUCCUCAUCCUCUCCUCUUCUUCUUCUCUUGCCAUGGGCCCCUGUACCGCCUCCUCAUGCUGCUGUCAGGCCCGUAAUCUGCCAUGGGCCCCCGUACCGCCUCCUCAUGCUGCUGCCAGGUCCAGAGUGUGUCAUGGGUCCCUUGUACCGCCUCCCAUUGCUGCUGUCUCCAUCGCCACACUCUGCCAUGUGCCACUUUCAGGUCUCCUCACACUGCUGGUGGGUUUCCAUUUUGUC